AUGGUGGUGGUGGUGGCGGUUAUAGAAGUUGUGGUGGAGGUUGUGGUGGUGGUGGUGGCGGCGGUUGCGGUGGUUGUGGUGGCGGCUACGGCGGCGGUGUGUCUAGUGGUUGUGGUGGUGGUGGUGGUGGUGGCGGUGACAACAGCGGUAGUGGUGGCAGUGGUAGUGGUGAUUGUGGUUGUGGGGGUGGGGUUAGUGGUCGUGGUGCUGGUGGUGGUGGUGGCGGCGGCGGCAGCGGGGUGGUGCAUGAAGGGCACAUUCUCACGUGGUGUAGGUGGUGGUGGUUGUGGCGACGGCUGUGGCUCUCUCGGUGGUCGUGGUAGUGGUGCUAGUGGUGGUGGUUGUGGUGGUGGUGGUUGUCAUGAUGGUGGUGAUGGCGGCCGUUGCGCCGAUGGUGGUGGUGGUGGUCGUUGUGGUGGUAGCAUUGAUGGUGAUGAUUUUUGUGCUGGUGGUUGUUGUGGCGGUGGCGAUAGUCGCGGCGACGGUAAGGGUGGUGGUUGUGGUUGUGGUGGUGGUUGUGGUGGUGGCAGUGGCAACGGUGGCAGUGACGAGAGUGGUGGUGGAUGUCAAACGGCGGUGGCAGCGACGAUGGUAGUGGUGGUGGUUGUGGUUGUGGUGGUUGUGGUAGUUAUGGUGAUGGCGGUGGUUGUCAUAGUGGUGGUUGCGGGAGUGGCGGCGACGAUGGUGGUGGUGGUGGUAGAAGUUGUGGUGGAGGUUGUGGUGGUGGUGGUUGUUGCGGUGAUGGUGGCGGGGGUGGUGUUGGGGGUGGUGGUGGCAUCGGAAGAGGUGGCAAUGGUGGUGGUGAUGAUGGCGGUGGGUGGUAGUGAUGGUUGUAACGACGAUGGUGGUGGUCGUUGUGGUGGUGGUGGUGCCGCAUGCGCCGACGCUGGUCAUGGUCGUGGUCAAAGCAGCAGCGACGGUGGCUGUGGUGGUUUUUGGUGGUGGUGGUUCUAG